ACCACUACCUCAACGAGAACAAAGUUGAACUCCUCAAUCGAGAUCCUUCGCGAUCCUGCAACGUCAGUGUUUCAUCCACUGACACCCGAUGCUCUAUUAGCCAUAGAUGCCAUCGAAUACAUUACAGAUCACCUAAAGAAAGACGAGGAGUACAAAAUGUAUCGAGACGAUUGGAAGUAUGUGGCAAUGAUUAUUGAUCGAUUACUACUGUAUGUAUUCUUUGGUAUUACUGUAGGAGGAACAUGUGGCAUAUUAUUUAGUGCACCAUAUGUUUUCCAAGGAGUAAAUCAACGUGAAGUACUCCAGAGACUAAUCGAACUGUAUAAGACACGAGGCAGUAGCUAG